AUGGAAUAUCCAGACCGAGAGGUUGUGUGCAUCGUACAUGACGGAAGCAAAGACGGUAAACUGAACCUAUCAGCAAUCAAGUCAUUUUCCAUCAAUGUUCUUGUCAACAACGUCGGCAUUGGUCCAAUGAAAGAGCUUGGACAAUUUUCAAGUACGGAAAUCGAUGAAACAGUAACAUUGAACGUACUAUUUCCGACGCAUCUAACUCAUUCCAUACUUGCACAACUUUCACGACCGUCUCUUAUCCUCAAUGUUUCUUCAUGGGCCGGAAUACAACCACCGCCUUAUCUUACAGUGUAUGCAGGCACCAAAGCGUAUAAUAAUGCAUUUUCAAACUCCCUCUCUAGAGAGGUUGAUGACUCAAUGGAGAUAAUCUCGUUGAUUGUUGGAAGUGUGCAUAGUGCUGGAAAUCGGGCACCGAUCACUUUUUUUAGACCGAGUAGCACGGUAUUUGCCAAACACGUCUUGUCGAUUGUUGGAUGUGGUCGAAAGAGCGUAAUGCCGUACUGGCCACAUGCUGUGCAGACGUAUUUGCUAUCAUGGUUACCGGGUUGGUUGAUUGAUAAAGCUAUGAAAAAGGCCAUGGAAGGUCCACUCAAGCAACAUAAACGGGAGUAA